UUCAACUGCACGUGAACUCUCCACUUUAAUUCUUCUAUAAAUUGCACUCCUCCAUCGCUGAUACUCCCAAUCCAGAGCACUUCUCUGUUAAUGGCACCUCGUCUUCUUCUUCCUCUUCUUCUGCUCUUGUUUGUUCUUCGUCUUUCAGGGUCUGAAAUGCUCAUGGAUACUGAAAACGCUGCAGGCAGAUCGUCGCAGAUCAGCAGGAGAGAGGAGCUAACUGGUGGUGGUGGAUCAGUAGACUGCGGAGGGUUGUGCGGGCAGCGGUGCAAGCUGUCGUCGAGGCCGAGACUGUGCGGGAGAGCGUGCGGGACGUGCUGCGGCCGCUGCAACUGCGUGCCGCCGGGGACGUCCGGCAACUACGAGGCUUGUCCCUGUUACGCCAACAUCACCACCCACGGUGGCCGGCGCAAGUGCCCCUGAACCUCGAUCGAUCGACGACAUUUCAAGCGUGUCUUUGUAGUAAAAUCUGUUUAAGUACAUGUAAAAAGGUGCAAAAACUAAAUCUGAAGAACUUUUGAUUGUAAAAAACAAUCCAUUAACAUCGACAUUAAAUCCUUU